AUGGAGCCAGAUUCAGUUAAACCGUCUGUUGGGAAGGUUUUUCCUGAUUUAGAUACUGGGGUUUCAUUUUAUAUUAAAUAUGCAUCGAUUGUUGGGUUUGAUGAUAAAUCGUCAGUAGCAGAAUUGGAUGGUGAUGCGGAGUCUUCGCUUAAAAAGAGGAGGAGAUUUUCAAAUAGGGUUGGGUGUGGGGCUUGUGCUAUUUUUAGAUAUGGAGGUGAUGGCACUUAUGUUAUUCACAUGUUUGAAGAGCGUAAUAACCAUUCAUUGACAUCAGUAAUGUCAAGACAGUUUCUGAAGAUGAAUAGAAAGGUUGGACCUGGUCAUAUGAGGUUCGUUGCUGAUUGUGGAAAAGUGAACAUUGGGCCAGUGCAGAGUUUUCGGUUGUUUGGUGAGAUGUUUGGUGGGUUGGCAAAUGUUGGUGCAACUAGUUUGGAAUUUCGGAAUAUUAAAAGGGAUGUGGACGCAUUUUCUGCUGGGGUUGAUGCUCAGAUGAUUUAUGACCACUUAUCCAGAUUUUUUUGGGUUGAUGCGGUUUCUAGGAAGAAUUUUAAACUUUUUGGUGACGUUGUGUCAUUUGAUGCUACAUAUCAAACAAACAGGUAUGAUAUGGUGUUUACACCAUUUACUGGUGUUAAUAACCAUAAAAAGUCUAUUACUUUUGGGGCUGGGUUGUUGACAAAAGAGGAUAUUGAGUCAUAUGUGUGGUUGUUUGAGAAAUUUAAGGAAGCGAUGGGUAGUGAGCCAGUAUUGGUUGUUACUGAUCAAGAUCUAGCAAUGAGGGUUGCAUUUCCACGUGUGUUCAAGGAAGCUAAGCAUAGGUUUUGCAUGUGGCACAUUAUGUUUAAGGUAGGAGAUAAGGUUGGCCCUUCAUUGAGUAAAAAUGAGACUUUUAGGUCAAAGUUGAAUUCUGUUGUAUGGAGUCAUUAUUUGGAACCAGCUGAAUUUGAUUAUCAAUGGAAUGUUGUCAUGGAGGAGUUUGGGUUGUUGGAGCAUAGUUGGUUUGUCAAGAUGUAUGAUCUUCGUCAUCUUUGGAUUCCUGCAUACUUUAGUGAUGUUAGUAUGAAUGGUUUAAUUAGGACUACUUCCCGGUCGGAGAGUGAGAAUAGUUUGUUUGGUUCUUUUACUAUUCCUCAGUCCAACCUGGUUGAAUUUUUUAUGCAUUUUGAUCGUGCGAUUGAUAGUCAACGCUAUUCUAUUAAUAAACUCAACAGUGACUCGGAGGCAUGCUUUCCAGAUUUGAAGACACCACUGUCUAUGGAGAAACAUGUUGCAUAUGUGUAUACUUUUACAGCUUUUUAUUUGGUGCAAGCUGAGAUUUGUGCAGCAUGUUUUAGCUGUCGAGUUCUAAAUGUUCGGGAUGACCAAGGGGUCUUGCAUAUUUUUGUAGUUUUCAAAGAUUUGAACUUGGAUUCAAUUCCAUUGGUCUAUGUAGUUAACCGAUGGACCAAGAGUGCAUCAUUGUGUCAAACUUUUGAUAUUGAUGGUGUUGUUGUUGAUCAAUGUGGAGGUGUUGAUGAGAAGUUGGUGAUAUUGAAAAAUGAGUGGUUAGAUAUUCAAUGCUGUGUUAGUAUGGUUCAGUCUAACAUUGAUCGUUUGAAAGUGUUUUCCCAGAUCAUUAAGGACCACAAGGAUAUGCUUUUGGCUGAUAAGGGUGGCUGUUCUUCUGCUAUUGAUAAGAGGUCAGUCAUCGAGUCAAUAUGUGGUUCUUCAGUCCCUUCCGAAGUCUCCAUUCUUCCACCAAACAAAGCAAAGAACAAGGGUAGUGGUAGGAGCAUUAAAGGUUGCAAGGAGAUUGCCAUUGAACAAAGUAAGAAGGAGAGAACUUGCAAUACUUGCAACAAACCUAAUCAUGAUAGUAGGAAAUGUGUGUUGUGGAAAAUGAAGGAUAAGGUAUGCAGUUUAUAG